AUGUCGACCGGUCGCAGGCCCUACUUUAUCAUCUCUGCUCUGCCAGCUGAUGGCAUGGCCCAGCGAGACUUCGAGAUUAAGCAGAAAUCUCUCAACGAUAACGGCUUUGACUUUGAUUUGACUUUGGUCUCCCCGAGGCUGGGCUGCAGCGCAACCCUUGACAAGCUCGACGAGGCGGAACAUGUGGACGGGGUUAUCAUCGGCUUUGGGCUGCGUGGCCACCCAGCUCCAAGCAUCGCCAUCUUCCUCGAGCAGCUGGUUGGGAAGUUGAGGUAUCACCCAAAGAACGUCAAGCUUUGCUUCAAUUGGAGCAUACCUUCCAGCCUAGACGCCUGCCAGAGAGCCAUGAAAGAGAAGGCGGAGAAAGAGAGGAAGACUUCCGGGGCAGCUUGA